ACAUUAUUUAGGGGAUGUGCUCCAUUUCCCAAAAAUAUCAGAUACAUAAGAAUCGAGGACUAAGGAGAAUUUAGUAGAAUAGAUCUACGCUCUGUCAUUAUCAGUAUUCGUCUUAUCGACCAAAUGUACAAGCACGUCGUUGUUAAAGGGGGGCACGUGCAAGUGGGGGGCUCAGGCGGUGGAAACUAUAGAAAGAUCUCAGUUGGUGGCUAUGCAUCGAGCGUCUAUGCCGGAGCCGGGGGGCGGAACACCAAGGUUUCGACAGAUGGAAGCCCCGGAGAACUCACUAGCCGCCAUUUGUAUAUCAAAACCGUUUCCAUCGGCGGCAACGAGAAGGAAACGAUGCGGAAUCUGAACAACCGUUUGGCCACUUAUCUGGAGAAGGUGCGCUCGUUGGAGAAGGCCAACGCUGAGCUUGAGGGGCAGAUCAAAGAAUGGUAUCAGCAGAACUCUGGAUUUGGGAAAAGAGAUGACGCUCAUUACUUUCAGGUCAUAGAGGAGCUGACGAAACAGAUUGUAAAUGCCAAAAUGGAAAAUGGCAAAUUGCUGCUACAAAUGGAUAAUGCUACACUCGCCCUGGAUGACUUCAAAAUGAAACUUGAAUAUGAGCUGAAUCUCGGUGCCGCCGUUGAGAAGGAUCUUUCCGAGCUACGCAAAGUCGUUGAUGAUCUCACCAUGACUAGAACAGAUUUGGAGAGUCAGAUUGAAAGCUUAAAAGAAGAAAUGGUUUAUCUCAAGAAGAACCACACUCAGGACAUGGUUGGACUUCAUAAGCAGGAAGGUACCAUUGAUGUGGAGGUAGAUGCGGCUCCUUCUGUAGAUCUUGGCAAAACCAUGGAAGACAUGAGAUCUCAGUACGAGCAGUUGGUUGAAAAGCAGCGGCUGGAAGCUAAAUACGGCUUUGAUAGGAAGGUAGAAGAAUGGAAUGAAGAGGUACAAACAAAUACAGCUGAAUUAGAAAAAUGCAGAAAAGACCUUUCGGAACUUAAACAUAAAGUACAAGAUCUGGAAAUAGAGUCACAAGCAGAGCUGAGUAAGAGAAAAGCUGCAGGAAAUGCCCUCGAUAAUGUGAAUUCUCGAUACACUAUGGAGUUAGCAGACAAACAGGAGAAAAUUGCUCGUUUCGAGGAACAUCUACAACAAACACGGAGAGACGUCGGUUUUCAGAUCCAAGAGUUUACCAUCCUGUUUGAUCUAAAGAAUAGGCUGGAGGCAGAAAUUUCUACUUACCGCCGUCUCUUGGAUGCAGAAGGUCAAUAACCAAGGCCAAAAAUCACCAAUCAGUAGAUGUGCCAAAUGAAUAAAGAGGAUUCAUAAAUGAAGAUGAAAGCUAUCUUUGAUUGAUUGUGCAAUGAAUGUCUGUGGAAAUUACAAUAAAUUCAAAUAUAAGGAUAUAUCUACAUAUAUAUUUAUAUAUAAAAUCACUCGCUAUAUGUUAUUAUUCAUAUUGGUGGAUAUAAAUAAUGUAAUGUAUCAUAUGUAAAACCCUGCUUCAUCUAAAUAAACCAUUUUCAUAUAAA